GCUGGUGAAUGGUGCAGCCGGAGAUUUCUUAGCUGAUUAAAGGCUGAUUAGCUGUAAGGAGAUUAGAAGUGACCAGAGAUUCGAAACUCCUUUUCUCUGCUGCAAUUUUUGCUUCGUGGUGAAACUGCAGCAGGAGUCCUGCCUGAGGACAUCGGACAGAUUCACAGCAACAAGGUGGCUGAACAAAGACCUCCGAGCCUCUGGGACCUGAGACCAAACGUCUACAGUUUGUUCUCAGUCAGAUUGUGGUCUGAGGACGGUGGACGCUGCAGGAAGCUGACCUGUGAUUUAAGACUGGAAACUGAAAUAAAAGUGAGUUGGACGAGACGGAUGAGGUUUGAGUGGAAAGAUCCAAACAUUCAAAGUGUCCACACCACAAAGCAUGUCCUCUCUGUAUAGUGUCAGUGUAAACCCACAAACCAAUGACAUUUAGUGUCGUGGAGGAUGUAGUUCAACCUGGAGCCUGAAGUUUGAAGACAGACUGAGGAGGUCGACAAACUGAGACAGUAGGAAAUAAGUCACGUCUCACAAGAUAAACAUGAAGACGUUUUGACCCUAGAGGUUGUAAGUGGUACAGCGCCUCCACAAGUUCCAGGUAUGACCAUGGAUCAGUGAGACCCUGGAGAACCGACAUGGCCGUCGGUAAGGUAACCUUCACCAAGGCAGAGAGAGAGAAGCUGGCCCACGUCCUCUGGCUGCUCAACUGGAUCUCUGUGGUGACCGGAGCUACCCUCUUCAGCCUCGGCGUGUUCCUCAAGGUGGAGAUUCAGAAAUGGCAGGAUGUGAUGUCAGAGCAGGGAAUCCUGUACGUACCACACAUGCUGAUGGCCACCGGCAUGGCCGCCUGCAGCAUCAACUUCCUGGGGGGCAAAAUCUGCCUGGACUGCGCCGACACCAACAAGUUCCUGCGCUGGAAGCUGGUUAUGAUGCCCUACGUCAUCUGCACCUUCUUCUUCACCUCUUGUGUCCUGGCGGGGGCGCUCACGUGCUACAGCGUCCGUAGCCAGCUGCAGGAGUCCCUGGUCCUGGGCCUGAGGCACGCCAUGCGCUACUACAAGGACACAGACACGCCAGGACGCUGCUACCUCAAGACAACUCUGGACUUGCUGCAGAUCCAGUUCCAGUGUUGUGGGAACACUGGGUACCGGGACUGGUUCCAGAUCCAGUGGAUAAGCAACCGCUACCUGGACAUGACCAGCAGUGAUGUAGUGGACCGUCUGAGGAGUAACGUGGAGGGGAAGUACCUAAUGGACGGCGUCCCAUUCAGCUGCUGUAGCACCUUCUCACCUCGGCCCUGCAUCCAGCAGAAGCUCAGCAACAGCUCGGCCCAUUUCAACUACGACCAGCAGAGCCAACAGCUCAACCUGUGGAGGAGGGGCUGCCAGCAGGCCCUACUGGACCACUACACCGGCAUCCUGCAGUCCAUCGGCCUCACCGUGCUCCUCAUCUGGCUCUUUGAGCUGCUGGUUCUGACGGGAGUCCGGUACUUGCAGACGGCCAUGGAGAACGUCCUGCUGCUGGGAGACCCAGACUCUGAGUCAGACGGUUGGAUUCUGGAGAACAGCUUGGCGGAGACGGCCCGGUCCAACUUCAACAUCAUCAAGAACCUGGGGAAGUGCUACCAAGUGGACGACGACCCCAACAUCAAUGUCCCGACUGUUGCUGCUGAGCAGGAGGUGUCAGCCCAGAAGGUCCAGGUCCCCGUGACCCACUGAUGGUUCCAGGACUAGGACCAAAUGUUUCUGCCUUCAGAUUUAACAUUUAAUUUUAUUUUUUAAGACUCCUGAGUUGAAUAUUUUUGUACUGUACUUUCCUCAAACUGACAGGAUGCUGAUUUCCCCCGUUCGGUGUCUUAACUUUAAUUUAUUUGUGGUUGAAAUUAAUUUUAAAGUAGAGGGAGGUCACAUGAUCAGGGUCCUCUGCAACAUCAAACCAUUUCUACCUCAAACAUCAGCAGCAUUAGAUUGUCUCAUGGAGACGUGUCAACCGCUGAGUCUACGAGGGACCUGGUGGAAGAUGGACAGAUGAGGACGGUUUAGUGGGAUGUCCUGUGGUCCUGGGUCCACAUUUAGUCUGAGGGUGAAGGCAGAAAACCAAUCCUGAGAUACUACAGUUGCUUCAAUGGACAGAUGACAGAGGACACAGUUAUGGACAGUGUGGAGACACCAGGACAUAUCCAGGGUUAAAUGUAGACAUCCCAUCAGACUUUGUCUUGAUUUCUUGAUGCCUUUAUCCAGGUUUUGUUUUCUACUGAUGUUUGUGUUCACACUGACGACAUCUGCCCUUGGUUAGCCCAGCUUAGCACAAUGACUGGAAGCGGAGGGAAACUGUUAGCGUGGUCGUUCAGUCAUUUCUCUGAGUAAAGUCAUCCCAAAAACUGAUAAAUGUUUCAUGCGAUUAAUAAACUUCUCAUGUUUG